AAAUGCAUUUACACCUUGAAUUGCCUGAGGGUGUAUGAAUAAAAAAAGCAAAUUUUAAUUUUCUGGUGAACUAUUCCUUUAAGGCAAAUCUCAAAGAUCCAUAUUAUAGCAAAAUAAAAAUGCUGAUCAGUACAAAUCUGCUACACACAACCCUAAAACACACCCAACUGCAUCACCCUUGAGAAAAUUAUAUAAAACCUGGUCUUACAACACCUCCGAAUUUACAAUUGUAGGUAAUGUUCAUCAGGUCAAUGUACUGUUUCAAUUUACCUGAAAGUGUUUGAUCAUUUAUUUUACUAUUUACAAACUGUUUGAGAGACACACACACACAUAGCUGCUUAAAGAAAGCAAAAUGGCCUUGCCAUGAUAGGAGUAAAGGAGCCAGUGGCCUGACAGUUUUUUGUUCUAAAAUAGCUUGUUGAUUAAUGACCAUGUCAUUUUCUAUAUGGGGAAAAAAGGAUAGGGAGUCAGGGGCACCGAAGGGCAGGGAGAUAAGGCGUCUGACUGCCCUCAAGUGACUAGCCACAAUUCCUUUCCACUCAAUAUCAUAGAUUUUUAAUGUAUAAUCAAAGCGGUGCAAUCUUUGGGGCAUUUAUGGCACUGAGGUCGAUGAUGUGUGGAACACAACUGCACCUCUGGGGGAAAUGCACUCUUGCUUUUUUCCUUUGCUUGCAACAUCUUGAAAAACAUGUUACUCAGCAAAGAGUCUGAUUUACGGAUAUUGAACCAGUUGCCAUUUUUUUAAGCCACUGACAUCAGUAUUAUUAUUGCUUUGAAAAAAGAACAGUUUGUCUAAGAAUUUGCAAAAUGUUCUGUUUGUAUAUAUUUUAUUAAUAAAGUUUUUUUGUAUUGUUUUGGCUACACAUGUACCUUAAUAGGUUUGUUUUUGGCUCUGAAAUUCUGUCCUCUGUCUCAUAGAUGACUCGUGUCUCCUUUAAUAAAGCAUUGAUUACGGGGAAGGUGACAUGAGAAUUAGGAUACAGAGGAGGUAUCAUGUGGCCUAUAUGCUUCCUCAGUUGCAUAGUGGCACAAAAGAAUCUCAUGUUGCCCCUUCAUCCAUAUCUCCAAUCAAACUUGGCUUGUUUUGGACCUUUGGUUUAAUCUCAAGGGACUUUAGAAGCUGUCCACAAAAAGCUAUUGUAUCUUACUUAAUUAUAACCUCAGAAAUGAUCUGACCUGUCUGGUGCCAGGUGCAAUGAAGUGUGCAAAAGCUUGCAUGCCAUGAGUCCCAUUGGAUAAGGAAAAGAAACACUAGAUGGCCAUCGUGAUCGGAUAAGUGGAAAAUAAAAAAAAAGUUUUUCCCUCCCCUCUUGGUUUCUGAGACUUCUGGGUACCCUAAAAAGGUAGCAAUAUGAGCCCCAAGGCUUUUUUUUUUUUUUUUUUUUUUUUUUUACUUUACUUCCCAUACCACCUCUGUGAGUCUGAGCCCAUUUAGAAGCUUACUGUUCAAAGUCAGCAUGGAUCAUCCAGGAGGACACCUUGCUGUGGUUCUUUUCCUACUGGUUCUGGUUUCUAUGUCCACUGAAAACAACAUUAUCAGGUGGUGCACAGUGUCUGAUGCUGAAGAGCAAAAGUGUCUGGAUCUAGCUGGGAAUGCCACAGCCAGGAACAUCCGCGGACAGCUCCUCUGUGUGAGGGGCCAAAGUCCCACUGACUGCAUGAAGCAAAUUAAGAAUGGCACUGCAGAUGCCUCUACUAUGUAUGCGGAUGAGAUCUACACAGCUGGAUUUUGCUAUGGCUUAGAUGUGGCUGUGGGAGAGUCUUAUAAUGGUGUGGAUGGCAUUAAUUAUUACGUGGUUGCACUGGCACGCACAUCAUCCAGUGAUCUGUCAUUACUGGAGAUGCACGAACGCAGCUCCUGUCACCCAGGGAUGCGGACUACAGUGGGCUGGACUGUCCCCAUCGGCUUCCUGGUCAACACAUCGCAGAUCAGUGUGGAUGUGCAGUGCAACUUUCCCCAUGCGGUAGGAGAAUUCUUUGGGUACAGCUGUGUCCCUGGAGUAAAGGACCCAGAACAUGAUCCCAAAGGAAAUAACCCAAGGAACCUGUGUGAGGCCUGCAUUGGGGAUGAGAACGACCACCACAUCUGCGCCAAUAACCCUCGUGAACGGCACUUCGGGGAGGCUGGAGCUCUUAGGUGUGUGGCCGAGAAUCUCGGGGAUGUUGCUUUUGUUAAGCACACUACAGUCUUCGACAACAUAGAGGGUAAGAACCAGGAGUCCUGGGCGUUGGACCUGGAGCUGGAAGACUUGAAGCUCUUGUGUCCUGACGGGAGAGAAGCUAACCUGUUCCAACAUGAGAGCUGCCACCUGGCUGUGGUGCCAACCAAUGCUGUGGUAGUGCGUUUGGAGGACAAAUGCCGCGUUUACAAGUUCUUGGAACGUGUACAGAACGCAUUUGCUAAUGCCACUGAAGGAUUCUCUCUGUUCAGCUCGGUGAAUUAUGGGCAACCUGAUGUGCUGUUCAGCGAUUCCACCAAAAAGCUGCUGCGUGUUAUGGGGACCUACAUGUCCUGGUUGGGGCCCAGUUACACCACCAUACUGAAGGCUUUUGAGUGUGAAGGUUUGUGUUAAUCUGAUGAGGAAAGAGGAAACUAUAGAUCUCCCCUCCGUCCUUCUCACACUAUCUCUAAAGCAUUCUGUGUUAAGUGUGUUACUCUCGUAUAUGGGCUGAAAGCCAACUGUCGCCUGUACUUUGUAGUACUGCUAUUACUGUUCUGUUCUCACAGUGUUUGUAUGGCUUCAUAUAUCACAUUUACUUGAUAUUACACCUCUUUGGGUCUUUGCCACUAAAGCUAGGUUCCUGCCAUGUGAAAAAUACAAAAAUAUACACUAAAACGUCUAAUCUUCUAUGCAGAAAAGCAUUGCAGGGGAACACACAGCAAACCAUGAAGGGAUUCUGCCUUGACCAUUGUUAGUAAAUCCAAAUAAAUUCAUUACAAACCAACUGAUGGAUGCAAAAUACACAUUUUGCCUUCGGAGCCAAAGCAUACUUUAUGCAAGUACACGAACGCAAAUGCUUUUUGUUAAAUAACUUUGAAAAAAAUUGUGUUGUGCACUGUAGCAAUAAUUUGUCUUCUACAGCAAGCUUUUUCUCUCUCAGAUCAACAACUGUUACAUACCUGAAUAAUAUUACAUCUGUUUUAAUGGCACAGACAUUUGAAGUUAACUGUUGUUCCUUUAGAUGCUGAGUAUUUUUACAGCCACAAUGCAAGGACACACAUCCAGUACACUGCAAAAAAAUUAUUUCUUAUUAUUUCUGUCCUUUUUCCAUAACAAAAAUAUCUAAAAAAAUCCAAUACAUGAUAAAUUUACUUGAGAAGAAAAAUUACUUGAGAUAUUAAGUCUUGUUUUCUGAAACAAUUGUCAAAAUUAAGUGUGUUUAAGUUUAACAUGUACCAAUGGAUAAGAAAAUUAAAGUUAAUUCAAAGAGAAACUAAGUUUAUUUUUCUUAAACCGUUGACAUUUAUGUUCUUGUUUUAAGCAUAAACUCACUUAUUUUGAUAACCCCCCCCCCAAACAUAAUAAUAAUUUUUUGCAGUGUACAUGUUCAUUUGCAUCUGAGUUUGCGUACUUGGACAUAGUAUGUUUCUGAUUCUAGUUUGACAAAGGCUUUUGACUUGAAAAUGUCAUAUUCUUUGUUUUGGUGUGAAGAUAUCAAAGAAUUAAAAAUGGGAAGAUAUAAGUUCAUAAUAGUUCCUAAUAUAUAAAGAUAAACAAAGCAACACAUGUGACAUUAAAGGCGGACAGACUUAUGGUUGGUUGUAACAUAACAGGUGCUUUAAAGGUGCUGUUUCCUGACCCUUCAGGAUAACAAAUUACCAACUUGAACUUCAGUGUAAAUAGUCAUGUCACUCUAAGAUUUAUAGAACCUUCUCUUAUUAAUAAAAAUCUAUGUUGACAAAC